AUGAGGCUACAAAAUCUCCUCGCCAGCUCCCUCCUGCUCACAUCCUCUCUCGCUGCUCCCCCACCCCCAAACGCAGACAAUGUAGUACGAAUCAGCAAUGCAGACAUACAGCGGCGAAACGACGAAGAAGAGCCCAAAUGGGAUGGGAAAUACUUCCAUGAGCCAGGUGGAGACAACGAGCUGGGCCACUACGACAUACGGUAUUACACAGGCAAGCCCGUAACGUACGAAGAGCGCGGCGAGACCCUCUACCACCUUAUCCGCUCCUACCUAUCCGUCUUUCGCGAGCGAAACAUCGAGACGUGGAUCGCGCAUGGCACACUGCUGGGCUGGUGGUGGAAUGGCAAGAUCAUGCCGUGGGAUUGGGAUCUCGAUACGCAGGUCUCUGGCGCAACACUGGCUUGGUUGGGCGAGAAUAUGAAUAUGACGAUGCAUAACUUUACCAUGCCGGAUCCGGACGGGACGCCUAUUAUCCGCGAGUAUCUGCUGGAUGUUAAUCCGUACUCGGCGGAGCGAGUGAGAGGGAAUGGGCAGAAUGUCAUUGAUGCGAGGUGGAUUGAUGUGCGGAAUGGGUUGUUCAUUGAUAUUACUGGGCUCAGUGAGACGAACCCGAGUGCUCAGCCGGGGGUUUGGAGUUGCAAGAAUUACCAUCGUUACCGUACGAGAGAUUUAUACCCAUUGAGAGAGACGGUGUAUGAGGGUGUGCCGGCUUUGGUGCCGUAUAGUUUCGACAGGAUUUUGACAGAGGAGUACUCUGCCAGAGCAUUGACAAAGACGAAACAUGAGGGACAUCUCUGGGUCCCCGAACAAAAAGAAUGGAUCAAACAAGAAGUCAUUCAACAGAAUACCGAUAUCCACGGUCGAUCCAUCCCACAUAUCCCGCGCAGUCUACAAGCGGAAGACAAGCCAAAGGCGGGGUUGGGCAACCUUUUACGAAUUUUAUGA